CACUGCGGUUAACUUGCACUACAGACACUUUACUUUGCUGCGUUAUGGAGGUUCCUGUCGUCAUAAAGCGACGUGGACGUGCAGAAAACAUUGGAGAAUGAUCCUUUACGCACAGCUGACACUAUUGCGCACAAACUGCAAGAAUCUGGAGUAUCUGAAGAAAUCCCCACUGGUGUAAUAUUUCUUAUCUGGUUCUUACCGUGUGCAAUGUUUACAUUAGUGCACCGGCUGCAUCUUGGCACAGCGUUUCCACGCGCAUCCUGUUCAAGCUGCAGACGUUUAAGAAGCACCUGAAGAAUUUGCGGCGCGGGCCGAGGUGGGACGGUUCUGCCUCGUGAGCGCAGCGCGGCGUGCGCGCGCUCUCCAGCCUCCAUAUCACUGACACUGGCAAUGACUUCCACGGCUGCACGAGACACGGACACACAUCACGGCACGCGCACGAGCAGCAAGGGAAAGCCAAGAACAUGCACGCCGACAUAACCAUCAAAUGACAAACGGACACGUGCUGUCAUAUUUCGCUGGUGUGGAUUCAAAAUUGAAUUCCGUGCGUAAAAAGCUUUUUGUCGCGCACCGGAGCGACUUGAGAACAAGCUGCAGCUCACAGCCCGUUUGUGUUUCGCACCCUGCAGUCGGACCGCUGCCGGGGACGCACGUUGUACAAUGAGGUUGGGAAGCAUCAUUUUAUUCGUCGCCCUGUGCUCGUUCACAGCUUAUUAUAUUUAUGAGCCCAUUCCCGAGGAGAUAGAGGAGAAAUGGAAACUCAUGCUGACCAACUGCUUCUUCCGAAGUCUCAGCCACAUGGCAGACCUCAGUGAAUUACUGGGGCUGAAGGACUACAUGGGGGUAAUGUACGUCAUUACUCUGGCCGAAAAGGUGGUGCCCAUGUCCGACGAGCACGUCAAGGUGACAGACGAACACUUCGACGGAGUGGAGGUGGUGCUCUACCAGCCGAAGCAACAGGGCGAUGGCGGAGAACUCAGGAGAGCCAUCAUAUACCUGCACGGGGGAGGAUGGUGUCUCGGCAGCUCCCGAAUGAGUCCAUACGAUCAACUAGCCAGAGAAUUAGUCACUGAGCUCGAUGCAGUUGUUCUUUCUGUGGAGUACCGCCUUGCCCCCGCUCACCACUUCCCCGUCCCGUAUGAGGACGUGUACCGUGUUGUCAAACACUUCCUCCAGAAGGGGGUGCUGGCCCAGUACUCUGUGGACCCAGGACGCAUAGCUGUGUCUGGGGAUAGUGCUGGAGGGAACCUGGCCGCUGCCGUCUCUCAACAGUUACUGAAAGAGCCUGGGCAGCAGAUCCAGUUGAAGGCCCAGGCGCUCAUCUACCCAGUGCUGCAGGCGCUGGACCUCAACACUCCUUCAUAUCAGCAGAACCGGGACAUGCCCAUUCUACCCCGGACCCUCAUGGUGCGGUUCUGGAGCGAGUACUUCACCAGCGACAAGGCUUUUUUCAGAGCCAUGAUGGCGAACACCCACAACAACCCCGAGUCUUCCAGCCUGCUGAAGUUUGUCGACUGGAGCGCCUUCCUUCCUGAAACGUACCACAGAGAGUACAACUACAGUGCGCCCGCUGUGGUGCAGGGAGUCGGAGGGGAGGCAGUGGGGAUGGACGGACCGUCUCGAUCAUUGGCCGACCCGAGGGCGUCGCCACUGCUGGUUCCAGACGCGGCCUUACGCUCCCUGCCCAAGGCCUACAUUAUGACAUGUGAGUAUGACGUGCUCCGGGAUGAUGGCAUCAUGUAUGUCACGCGGCUCCGGGCUGCUGGCGUCGAGGUGUCACAUGAACACUAUGACACGGGAUUUCACGGAGCGCUGAUGUUCACCGUGUGGCCGACUGACUUCCUGAUUGGACGCCGCAUGACAGACAACUAUAUCAAAUGGCUCAAGGAAAACUUGUAAAAACUCCUGACGUAUCGCCACAAUGCACCAAUGUUUGUUUAGGUGCAAUUUUCUUUCCUUCUGGUGUUUAACUUUUUAUUGUUAAUUCUUAUUUGUUGGUCAGGCUAUAAUUUCUGUAAAUAUAUUUAGAAAUAUAUUAACUUCAUUUAUUGUCCCACUAAUUCAUUAAAUAGCAGGUCAGGAAAUGAGAAUUUGAAAUAAUAUUUAAAAGUAUUUCACGUAUGUAUAUGAGUAAAACACAAUACAUAUGAAACUAGAUUGGCACUAUAGAGGGCACACCUCAGCCAAUGCCUGAUAGUCCCCUUAUCGAACUACAUUUAAAUUCACUAAAUCCAGAUUUAUUUUGAUUUGCAGAGAAUCCACAUGAACCCACUGCGUCUGUCCACUGGGUUUCAUGCUAAUCGGUCUUGUAGAUUUGGUGUAAUCCUGUAAAACAAACAGAUUCAUUCCCUUAAGCGGAGGUAAUCAUCACUUGUACACAAACGUGCACAACAACCAUCAAAUUACCCAGAGAAAUCUGAGGGGAAAAGAAGUCAAACCCCGCAACAUCGCUAAAGUUGUUAUGGGUAUGGUCAUUCAUUUAUUUUUAGCUGACUAACUGGCCCUGGCUCAUUCUGCCAUCCCCCUGCAGGAACUGCUACCUGUCCACUGCCUCAAGAUCAUAUUAGUCAUGCAUACCACUCAUUACACAAAUUGCUUUCCCAUUAGAGGUUUUUCAGAAUCCAGGACAAAUCUUGGCAAAGCAGAACAGGAUUUUCACAACAGCAAGAAAAUACGGUCGCCUCGGCCAAAGUUAACAUUCAUCACUGAGCGCAAGCUGACACUGAAACCUGAGAAGGUUUGGAUGUAUUUGCAAAAUCACGUCUCACGUUUGAAGGUCACCGACGUCAGAACUAAACCUGAGUAGUUUGAGCAACUAAACAAAUAACAGCUCACAUAUGCUGGUAUAAUAACUAUGGUACAAUUCAAUGGUAUAAUCCAAUGGUAUCUUUAUAAGGAAAACACAUUCCUGCACCUAGUGUCAUUUCCACCCACGUGCAGUAGUAACAAAAUAAAUAUGUUUUUGCCUGUUUGCUUUGUAACAUGAGGGCUACACCCAAAUAAAUAUGAUAAGCCACAUUCCACACAGAGUAUUGCUAUUUCUGUUAGUUAGAUACAAGUAGAGCCGAUGCUAUAGCAACCUCUCAGCAGUCCUCACACCGUGCAUACACAUGUGAUGAAUGGAAAAGAGACACUUUCCAACACGUUUCAUGCUUAUCGCUGGUAUUUUUUUGUGUUACGCUUCUAACUAACAUGCAAACAAACAAACUAGAAUAGAACUCAUGCCUCAAGACCGUCAAGAUCCGUGAAUCAUUGUGAGAAAUUAACGAAAAUGAAAUUGAACCAUGCCUGGAUCUGCCCCCUCAUCCAGAUCCACACCAAGAUUGGUUGGGUGUUUCCUCGGCUCAUAGUCAUGCCUCACCUCAUCAACAUUUCAUGGGAAUUGGUUGAGUAAUAAAUAAGAUAGAAUUUUUCCUUGGUUCCUGUUAGAGGAGGUUGUAAGAACAAGUUCUGGCUUCAUGAGGAAAUUAUGACAUGAAACUGUGUGUAGAAAUAUAGAUUAAGUAAAUGUCUUGCACCAACACUACAUGCGUAUCACUGAUCUCACUGCAGUUUGUCAGUCAACCUUUAGCCCCUAAAGUCCAAAAAUCAUGACUUGAAACCAUAAACUAGUGUCCCCCUGUUUAUCUUUAUGUCCGUUGGUGAAAUCACCUUGUGUCUUCUGGCUAUCUGAAAGAUAACAGGGAGGUAAAGGUUAAAAUGAGGUUAGUUACAGUUGAUAUGAAACAGAUGUGAUUUUCUUGACUCAGCUUUUAGGCUUGUCUUUGUUUCGAUGUUUUCUCUCUGUCAUUUUCUUUCCAGUGACUCAUUUAGAAAAAAAGAAAAUAAACAACCUCUUAAAGUAUGUAACUUUUCAAACAAGUCAAAGCACUGCUGGGAAACGUGGCUCCUUUGAUUAAGCACUGCUUCGUUUUCAGUUGUAAAUAUGACUCUUGCUAUGUGUGUGUUGGAUUCCCUCUCGUAGAGAGUUUGAUUUGCAUUUUUCAUUUUAAUGUCAUCUGACAAUAAAUUGACUUGACCUUUCA